AGACCGGGCAGCAGCGGGCGCUCGCGAUCUUCCUCUGCCCGGCGCGGUCUCCCUCCGGGCCCGGCCUCCUGCGUCCCCUCCUCCUGCCUCUGCUCCUCCUCCCGCUCCUCCCCUCGGCGGGACUCGGCUGCGAGGCUCCCGCCCGCAAAGUCUCCAGCGUGCGGGCAGCCGCGAGCCGCCGCCGCCGCGGACGGGUCUCUGGGCGCCCGCUCACCUUCAGCGCCGCCUGCCUGGCGGCGUCCCGGAGCUCCCUCCGCCCGCGGCCCGUGCUGGACGGCGCUGCCCAUGGCCCAGCCCGACAGCCGACUUCGGGCGCCGGACCGGCGGGACCGCGGCGCCGCUCAGUAAUUGGCUACCUGCGACACCCAUGUGUCACUGACCAGGAGGCAUUUCCUGCGGGAGCACUUCAUGACCCUGCGACGUCCAGCCUAGUGAAGCCACUGUGGUGUCCAGCAUGGCCACGCUGCUCCUGGGCGCAGUGCUGCUGGUGGCACAGCUCCAGCUAGUGCCUUCGCGCCCCGGGGCCGAGCCAGGCCAGCAGGAGCUUGCGCGGAAAGCGGCCGCCCUCCAGGACGAGGCCCUGGAUGGCGUGGCCCCCAACGGCUCAGCCCAGCAGCUGCCGCAGACCAUCAUCAUCGGCGUGCGCAAGGGAGGCACCCGCGCGCUGCUGGAGAUGCUCAGCCUGCACCCCGACGUGGCGGCCGCCGAGAACGAGGUGCACUUCUUCGACUGGGAGGAACACUACAGCCAAGGCCUGGGCUGGUACCUCAGCCAGAUGCCCCUCUCCGCCCCGCACCAGCUCACGGUGGAAAAGACCCCCGCAUACUUCACAUCGCCCAAAGUGCCUGAGCGGGUCCACAGCAUGAACCCGGCCAUGCGGCUGCUGCUCAUCCUGAGGGACCCGUCGGAGCGCGUGCUGUCGGACUACACGCAAGUGCUGUAUAACCACGUGCAGAAGCGCAAGCCCUACCCGUCCAUCGAGGAGUUCCUGGUGCGGGACGGCCGGCUCAACGUGGACUACAAGGCGCUCAACCGCAGCCUCUACCACGUGCACAUGCGCAACUGGCUGCACUUCUUCCCGCUGCGCCACAUCCACAUCGUGGACGGCGACCGCCUCAUCAGGGACCCUUUCCCCGAGAUCCAGAAGGUCGAGAGGUUUCUGAAGCUGUCGCCGCAGAUCAACGCCUCGAACUUCUACUUUAACAAGACCAAGGGCUUUUACUGCCUGCGGGACAGCGGCCGGGACCGCUGCUUACACGAGUCCAAAGGCCGCGCGCACCCUCAAGUGGACCCCAAACUCCUCAAUAAAUUGCACGAAUAUUUUCACGAGCCAAAUAAGAAGUUCUUUGAGCUUGUGGGCAGAACAUUUGACUGGCACUGACUUGUCGUAAGCUAGGCUCAGAGCCUUUCCUACUGUAAGUUCCGGGGUACAUCUAGGGGGGAAAUAAUUUUAAAAGGGCAUUUAAGCUAUAAUUUAUUUGUAAAAUCCAUAAAUUACUUCUGUACAGUAUUAGAUUCACAAUUGCCAUAUAUACUAGUUAUAUUUUUCUACUUGUUAAAUUGAGGGCAUUUUGUAUUGUUUUUCAUGGUUGUUAACAUUGUGUAAUAUGUCUCUAUAUGAAGGAACUAAAAGAUUUCACUGCAAAAAAAAGAAAAGAAAAAAAAGAAACAAAUUCUGGAGACACUGUCUUUUUUCGAAUAUAAGUACUUUGCCCCUGACUCAAAUUAGCUGUCUAUGUUGAACUCAUUGGAGAAUCCAUUUUCCUUUGUUACUAAAAAAAAAAAAAAAAAAUUCAUGGUUGUUAUGUUCAUCUUUCCCUCCCUCUUCUCUUGUGUUUUUUUUUUUAAUUUUCAUGCCGUGCUGUGGUCAUCUGAUUUAUUUUUUACUUGCAUUGUAAGAUGUAUCUUCACUGAGACGCCCUACUAUUCCUGGAGGAGGCGGUUUCACCCCGUCCCGACUUCAGCAGGUCCCUGAGUGCGGACUGUAACCCCGCGCAAACCCAAGGCAGGCAAAGCGGUGGUGAGACUGGAGAAGCCGUCAGUAACGCGUGAGAAGCUCCCUGGGAUAGAUACACAUGUGCCCCAGAGAGCCGCGUGUGUGUAUUCCUGAGCUCAGCGCUGGGAGAAACCCACAGUCAAGGCGGGCCAAUCCUACAAUGAAGGGGUUUAAAGCAUUGGCCUUCAGAAUGACCUUGGGACUGUGUCUACUGCCCCAGGUGGCCACGGGUCUCUGUGGAGCAAAUUAGAAUAGAAAGGAGGAGUUACGAAAUGUCCGUGUGUCCGCAUCUCACAGAUCCUGUGACAAGCCGACUACAGGGAAGCCUUUUGGCUUUGGUGUGUCUAUGUCUUGAGUCCCCAGGGUGCAUUUUUACAUGUAAAUGCCAUGUGCAAGCCUAUUGCAGCUCUUUUUAAAACUUUAGUGUUGAUACUAGUGCAAAUAUCCCAUCCCCCCUUUUGCCACCUCCACCCAGCACCCCCUUUCCCCUGGCGGUCAGCACGAUGCUGUGGUGUCUUCUGCCUCCGCACAGCUGGGUUGUGGGAGGAGCCCCAGCGUUCUCCUGCUGCCUUCCUGCAGUCAGCCUUCUGCAGGGUUAAAUCAAUUGGACUUUUUUCCUCUUGAAAGCAAAACAUACUCAUUACGGUAGAAUGAAAAAUACAAAGAAGCAAAAUAAAGCCAUUUCCUGACAGAGUUUAUACUUA